CCAACCACAAUACAAGCCAAGGGAGUCAAAUCGUUUAAUUGGAUUUUCACCCACCUUGAAUCUUUCGGAUACAAUCAACAACCGCCCGAGUGGCCCUCUUACAGGCAGCGUGGCCUAAAUGAUGCCCGAAACUGAACGCGAAGCGCAUUUGGAGGCAGCGGAAAUGGCUAGCGGUGCCCUAGGGCAUAAUUAUGGCAUUGUAAAGGAUCAGCAACAGCAGCAGCUUCAGCAACAGCAGCAACAGCAACUUCAUCACCUGCAGCAGCAACACCAUCAACAGCAGCAACAUCAGCACUCCGAACUGUACAAGAUGGCAUGUAAUGGCUAUAACUACAGUAGUCCCUUGACUAUACCGCCCACAUCGAUGACCAUGGUCAGUCCUAUUAGCAGCAGCAAGGAAAAGCUGGUGACCAUGUUGCGCGUGCGCGACAACAAUAAUAUGGCCAGUCCGAUCUCCGAUGGUGCACCCACCACGUUCCUGCAAAAGCAACUGGAGGCGGUCGUGGCUCCCAGGCCAAGUUCAGUGCAUCCCCAGCAGCAGCAGCAGCAGCAGCAACAGCAACGCCGUUCGGCCAGCACACCUGCAAUCACAACCACACCCGGUCCGCCCACCAAUUGGCAUGCUCAUGUCUAUGAUCGUUUACCUCCACACCCAACUCCUCACUCCAUUGCCGAUAUUCUGGGCAUAUCCCUGGUUAAGAAGGAUCGACCAGAAGGCACCUUUGAUCUCCACGGACCAGCCAAAUCACCGAAUACCAUACUAAAACCAUAUCAGGAUCAGCAACCAAUGAGGAGCUCCUCCAUUUCAAUGAGCGAUGCCAGUGAGGAAGACAGUGCCGCAAUUGCAGGUGCCCCAUCUGUAGCCGCGGCAGCAGCAGCAACUAUCACGGCAGCUAGUGUUGCAGCAGCUACUCCGCUUGAUCAGCCGCUCAAUCUGAGCAAAAAGUCCCGCGAUAGCAACAACUCACCCAUGCCGACCACCAAACAGAGCCAACUCCUAGGAAAGUCGGCCACCAAGAAGGAGAGCUCUGGCAAGCCAGCGGCCAAGAAAAAGAAGUUAACGCCCAAUGUUGCAACAACGGUGGCUUUGCCACCGGACAUUAGUCCCACUGGCAGUAGCGACAGUCUGAUGCGGGACAAGAUGAUGGCCAACAAUAAUAGUUCGCCGGGCAGCAAUGCCAAUCCACAGAUGCAGAGCAAUGCUAAUAGCACAUUGGAAACAACCGAGGAUGACUCAGAUUCUGGUUCAACCGAUGCCAGACGAAAGAAGAAGGCUCGAACUACAUUCACCGGAAGACAGAUUUUCGAGCUGGAGAAACAGUUUGAGGUGAAGAAGUAUCUCAGCUCCAGCGAGCGCACUGAUAUGGCCAAGCUGCUGAUGGUCACUGAAACGCAGGUGAAAAUUUGGUUCCAAAACCGUCGAACCAAGUGGAAAAAGCAGGAUAACGUCACGAACAACGAGGCGGCGGAGCACAAGUCCACGAAUGCCAAGCCAGGAGCAACAACCACAACAGCAACAACAACAACAACAGGUGGCGAAUCGGGAGAAAAGAAAACCGCCAAUUUGAAUUCACCCACUGCUGGCAAUGCCGCCCCAACUGGGGAGACUAAGAAAUCACCAAAAUCUCCAAAUCGUGGCAGUAAUAAUAAUAACAACAAUACGUUAAAUAACAAUGUUAAUAACAGCGAGGGAAAAAUGCCCGUCAAACAGAGCACCACCAAGAUUAAAAAGCAAUUGAAUGCACUGCUGGAAAAGACAGUUAAAACCGCAAAUCAGGCAAAUCGAAGUGCGGAAUUGGAGACAACCGAUCAAAAACCUGCUGUUGAAAAGAGGAUAAAUAAUAGUAAUGAAAAUCAAUUGCUGCAUCAGCGUUUGCAUCAACAUGCUAUACCCUUGACCGUAGAACCAGCGGCACCGCUCGAACAAACCGAGAAGUUGGAUAUAAAACGGGAAGAGUCGCCGCAACAUCGGGAAUUACAGUUAAGUCUUCAAAGGGCGGCCAUUCAAAAUGGCGGGCAGCUAACGGAAAUGGAUUUUGAAAGCAAAUUGGCGGCCAGUAAAAUAUCCAUUGCCUUGGCCAUGGCCAAUAAGCAAUUGCAGCCGGAGAAGUUGAUCAAGACCGAAAGUUCCUCAUCGGAGGGUGAGGGCGAGGGUGAAGAAGAGGAAGAGGAGGAGGAUGUGUCCUCUAGCGAGCAUGGCGAUUCCACGGAAGCCCACGAUUCCCAGGAUCAGGAUGUCGCCAUGCGGGAAAUCUAAAAAUAAGAAAACCCCAACACACAGUCAAAUUAACUUGUGCCAAAAAGUCGAAUAUUGCUCAUCCACAAAGAGGAUAAACCAUCCACAAUAAAAAGAAAAAAAAAAACAGAAAGAAAACCCACAUAAUUAUAAUACCUAAUUGUAAUUUAAUUGUCGCGUACUCCGUUCACCUUUAGGCUUGUAUUUAAUUUAUUUAAUAUACUUAAACGCUAAGGCUAGGCUUUUGUAAAUGUCGCAUUUAAAUGUCCGCGUAAACCAUGGCAAAUUGUAAUCUGAACUUUCGAGAAUUUCAUGUGAUAAUGUAUACGAGGCGAUUACAAAAUUGAUUUUACUACUUGAACUAUAAACUAUAUUAUAUGUAGGCCUGUAAGCUCUGCUACCCUGUAAAUUGCUAUUGAAUGAAACAUAUUUAUUGAGUGUUUGUACAAAAAAAUGGAAUUAAGGCAAGAAAUGAGAAGAUAUAGCCUGGAAAAUAGUUUAAACUAUUAUUAAAUUUAGCGGUAUUGCAAGGGACACACGAUCUUUUGAAUUAAACAUGGUUGGUUUCCUAACUUUCGAGUCGUAAGACAAGUAAGAAUUCUUAAAUCGAAAAAUAAAUGAAUAUUAUUUGUUUUCUAUACACAAUCAAAUAAAUAAACAACAUUGAAAUCUAAAGUUAUACAAGCUUAAACUUGUUCAAACUAAUUAAAAAACAUAUUACUGAAAUAUCCGCUGAAUUUAACAAUAGUAUUAAACAACAAUAUGGCUGAUUGAAAGCUCUGCCGUUAAACAUUUUAAAUUCAACAAAUUAAACGAAAACAAAAUAAACAGAAUACAUUAAAUCGAUCACA